AUGGCACGUCCAAGUGUAAAAAUUCCAUUAUGCCAAUGGCGUUCGCAACACGCAAAAUCCACAAUAUCGAAUGUGGAGGUCAAUGUCAGUGGGGAAUUAAUGGUGAUAUUUAUUCUGAGUCCUGAUACUUCCAAUAUCCUUAGUACAAGGUUAGCACCAUCAUGGAAUUAUUUAUCAAAUGCUGAUAGGAAAGAAGCAUAUCCGUCAGUUGCACCCAAUUAUAUUGUGGAAUUACGUUCAGGAAGUUAUCCAACUCGGGAAGUCAUUAGGUGA